GCACAUCGUAGGGAGCAGCAGCAGCAGGAGCGGCAGCGGCGUCUCCUCCUCAGCAACGCGGAGGGUUUUAUCUCGAGGUUUACAUCAGCAGCAGCGUUCAUACAGGUUUGUGUCUGGAAGAUAAAGGAGCUCCUUCACCCUACAGCUAUUGAACAGACGACCUGCAGUGAUGGAAGGCCAGUAAGCGGCUCUCUCUAUGGCUCAGAGGAAGAGGCCUGGGGCCGGCAGCAACAGCAUGGCCUCAGCAGAGCUCCAUGCCCCCUACCCCAGCGCCCCCACAGAGUGCCCCCCAGAGGAGUAUGAGGAGCAGCAGGACACUGAAGCCCCUGUGCCUCCCUACGGCGACGAGGAAGGGGCUCAUCUGCCUAACAGCCGUCCCACUACUCCUACCACUCCAGACCACACCCACACCGACUAUCGUGGCCAUCCAGACAGCCUGGAUGGAGACUCCAGCUCAGACUAUGUCAAUAACACAUCAGAAGAAGACGAGGAGGAGGAAGAUUAUGAUGAAGGGCUGCCAGAAGAAGAUGAGGGGGUAACGUACUACAUUCGCUAUUGCCCGGAGGAUGACAGCUACCUAGAGGGUGUGGACUGUAACGAGGAGGGGGACUAUGAGACGGUCCGGGCUGAGCCACCACCGGACACAGAUGAGUGCCAGGAAGCGGUGGAGGAGGAGUGGGCAGAGGGAGAAGGGGAGGGGGACAUGGAGAGUGGGGAGGUGCGCUGCGAAAUUCUGGAGGAGCAGGACUCAGACCAGCAGAUUUACGACGGCAGGCCAGAGCCUGUCCUGGACCACCAAAGCCUCCAUCAUCACCACCAUCACCAUCACCAUCAUGCAGAAGCCCACCAGGACCAGGCUCUGCCUCCAGUUCAAGACCAGGAUGAGGAAGAGGAUGGGGAGGAAAGUGAGGAUUACUGCCCCAAUGAUGAAGAAGAGCCAGAAGAGGAAGAACAGGACAGGGAGAGAUACACAGGGGACUACUACGCCCCAGAGGACAAUGGGAACUCAUACAGGGGCCACAAAGGCAUAGAGGGUGAGACAGGCGAGGAGACAGAGGAGGACAUUGAUCAGAUUGUGGCUGAGAUUAAAAUGAGCAUGAGCAUGGGAAGCCUCAGCAGUGGGACGGACCAAAGCCCGGAGGAGCUGGGGGCGGAGCCAGCACCUGGCCGCUACCAGUCUGAAGCUCCGCCCAAGGCUGAACCCGCUGCUGCUCCGUAUCCUUCCCAACCCCACCGCCACGAUGGCAGGCCCAAAUCCCUCAACAUCCCCCCAGCUGGGCACAACCCGCAGCCACAGAGGGGUGUGAAGGGGCGCUCCCGCACCCCAGAGGAGCAGAGGAGGUGGGCACAGGAGCAGGUCAGAGAGCAGGUGUCUAACAGUGCAGAACAGCCGAGGAAGCAGCAGCGAUCUGAUCUGAACGGCCCGCUGGAGAACAACAACGUCCCCGAGCCAUCGAAGAAGACAGCAUCGUUCCCCAGCUUUGUGGACGUUCCUGGACCCUGUGAGCCUGAAGACCUCAUUGAUGGGAUCAUUUUCGCUGCUAACUAUCUGGGCUCCACCCAGCUGCUGUCAGAGAGAAAUCCAUCCAAAAACAUUCGCAUGAUGCAGGCGCAGGAGGCCGUGAGCCGGGUCAAGAGAGUUCAGAAGGCAGCCAAAAUCAAGAAAAAGGCGAGUCCUGAUGGGGACACGCAGACGCUGACUGAAGUUGACCUCUUCAUUUCCACUCAGCGGAUCAAAGUCCUCAACGCAGACACACAGGAGACAAUGAUGGACAACGCCCUGCGCACCAUCUCGUACAUCGCUGACAUCGGAAACAUCGUGGUGCUGAUGGCCAGACGGCGCAUGCCCCGCUCUGCCUCGCAGGACUGCAUCGAGACCACCCCCGGAGCCCCCGAGGCCAAGAAACAGUACAAGAUGAUCUGCCAUGUCUUUGAGUCGGAGGAUGCCCAGCUCAUAGCCCAGUCCAUCGGUCAGGCCUUCAGCGUGGCCUACCAGGAGUUCCUCCGAGCCAACGGCAUCAACCCGGAGGACCUGAGCCAGAAAGAGUACAGCGACAUCAUCAACACGCAGGAAAUGUACAAUGACGACCUCAUUCACUUCUCCAACUCUGAAAACUGCAAAGAGCUGCAUCUGGAGAAGCAGAAGGGAGAGAUUCUGGGUGUGGUAAUAGUGGAGUCGGGCUGGGGCUCCAUCCUGCCCACAGUGAUUCUGGCCAACAUGAUGAAUGGAGGACCGGCCGCCCGCUCAGGGAAGCUGAGCAUUGGUGACCAGAUUAUGUCCAUCAACAACACCAGCCUGGUGGGACUGCCACUCGCCACCUGUCAGGGAAUUAUCAAGGGCCUGAAGAACCAGGUGCAGGUGAAGCUGAACAUAGUGAGCUGCCCUCCUGUGACCACAGUCCUCAUCAAGAGGCCUGACCUCAAAUACCAGCUGGGCUUCAGUGUGCAGAACGGCAUUAUCUGCAGUCUGAUGCGUGGGGGAAUAGCCGAGCGAGGAGGUGUGCGGGUCGGCCACCGCAUCAUUGAGAUAAACGGCCAGAGCGUGGUGGCUACAGCCCACGAAAAGAUUGUACAGGCCCUGUCCAACUCCGUGGGCGAGAUCCAUAUGAAGACAAUGCCGGCGGCUAUGUUUAGGCUCCUAACUGGACAGGAGACUCCCAUGUAUAUAUGACUGAACAAAGUCUCUGUGACUGGUGAGGAGCCGGCACUUGCUAAAGACUUUCAGAAGACGCCUCUCUGUCUAAGGAUAUCUGUCGUUUGUCAUACGCCAGAAUCCUCCUCGCUCUUCUUUUGCUUCACAGAAAGUAACUUGCCAGUCUUGUUUUCUCCUAACAUCUUAUUUUACACCCUUUUUCUCAUGAGCCUGUGGAUUUUGUUUGUGCUAUGCGUACAUGCUGUGGGGGUUUGGUCAAAUGGUGAAAGAUUGAGCCAAUGCAUCGUUUUUUUUCCUAUAUGCAAACAAGAAAGGGGAGUUUCUGUAUAUUUGUUUCAGCUUCCCUCAUUCUUUUAUUUAUUUUGUAUUAAUGAUAAUGUAUGUGUCUUGCUCCUGUGUGUGGACUUUGUUGGAAUGUUUGUGCUGUAUAUACUUACUCAUUCUGUCACAAGAUAGGAAUUGAAAAGCCAGGGUGAGAAGUCCACCCAUGUAAUGCCCAAAAAUAGCAAGACUGGAGGCUGUAUGAGGACUGGAAAGAAAAGUUGUUCCACUGAAAAAGGGAAAAAAAGCUGCACAGCUUUUUUUUUUUAAUACAUACAUUUCCAACUCUUUUAACAGUGUGGCCCCCUGUGCAGCAACAGUAAUUGGUUUACACUCAGGAGACUCUGCUAAGCUGAAUUUGAGGGAACCCUCGGGCACUUCUAAGUCCCUUAUCUUACAUUUUUCUUGGAUUUUCAUUUUCCCCAUUUAUGACGUAUGUGAAGCAAAAAUAAUUUGAAUUGAUUUUUACGUGACCAUUUUCCAACUUCAGUUUCAGGCUGCUUAGGUCAUUGUGCCUUUAAGACUGAGAAAUGUAAAUUAUCUCUGAAUCGCUGUUCUGAUUGGCUGCCCUGUAUUGUGCCACAUUCAGAAGCAGUCCAGGCUGAAACACUCCUUAUGACUUCAGCAUGAAUGGGCAGGGCUUAACUGCUGUAGGUGGAUGUGUGUAAAUCUAUUGAUUUUUGUGACACCACAAAAACGUAAAAUUCAAAAUUGACUCUUUUUAGCUUCCAUACAUAACGUGUGGUACAUUUUAAAAUUGGAAGUGUGUUUACAUGCUGCUUCAUUUUUAAAAAAUUGGCUUUCCAUCGGCCCUUUAAAGUAGUUUUAUAAGCUAUACACCAAAACCAACGAUACUAAUGUAGAACGUAACGACCUACAUACUGUAUGACCUUUGAAGGAAUAGUGCCAUGAGGCCAAAAGUUAUGGACGCCACAAAAAUGGCACACAAAAUCUUUUUGACUAAAAACUAAAGACGCAAACUUCAGGCAAACCUGUCUUGGCUGAUUGACUAUGUUUUUUUUUUUCAGUUUAACCUUUGCAUUAUCACUUAGCUUACACUGUUAAAAGAGUUGGGUUUAAUUAGCAUGGAGCUGAAAUUACUUCAAAACGAUGCAUCUGCACAACUCGUUAAGUCGGAACAACUUGAGCUUUCCCUGCAGUGAAUGUCGAUGUACUUCACUGAACAUAUCGAGGGCUAUACUGUACCAUCUGUAUAUACUCUUAUUACUUCAGAUAGUGUAGCAACAGCUGUGAGAAGUAACGUUCUUACUGAGAUGAAUGUCUCAUGCUUUUCAGUCUUCGGUUUAGCAGGAAGUAAACUUGGAAGCCUUUACUUGAAUUCAGCUGAGAAUAGGCCUCCUACACCCAAUACCCAGCAGGAGGCCUAAAACUACUGAUACACUAAUCUCAAUAAGCAAAUAAUGAAUGACAUUGUUAGACAGUGAUUGCUUCAAUAUAAGGAAUAUAACAACAACAAAACUGAUUUUCUACAUCCUCACCAGAAUAUACCCCUCCAAUAAGUCUUCAUGAUAUCGUUAUAGUCCAAAUUAAGCUCAUUCUGAAUUCGGAAGAAUGGCGGGUUUUUGAACUGAUGUACAUACGAAGCCACAAGCAUUUGAAGGGAAUGUUUUUUGUAUCUAAUUUAUCAUCGGAAUAUGGAGUCUUCUUCAUUUAGUGGGCAUUAAAUCAAGGGAAUAAUUUUAAGACAACAGUUUUUUAACAUGGGAGAGUGCAAAUCUUUUGUAAUGGACCACAUGUCUGGUUUAUCCUUCCACACCAUAAUCAAUUCAACCUAACCAAUAACAUACUGUAAAUUACGACUUUUAUUUUGAAGGCAUACAUGUGGUAUGACGUGAGAGUUUAGUUGGUAAAACAUUAUUGUAGGUCAGUGUUCAUAAGGCUGCAUGACAGCUAAACUCAUCGUGACAACUGACAUAAAUCUACCUUAGCAUUUAUAAAGGUGUAUCAUCCGUCAUAAGGGUUGCUUUUGUCAAGAUGACAUAUCUACGCCAGGUGACACUUUUUUGGGUGAAAUGACACAGCAUAACAACUGACUUAGUAGCUUAAUGUACACCGAUGAGUCCAAACAUUAUAAUCGGCAUCCAGAUAUGCUGUUGGUCCUCUGCAUGCCACCAAAACAGCAGAACCUCAGUCCUGUAAGCUGUGAGGCAGAGCUGCCGAUCUGAGGUGGAAAUGGAUCGGACUUCUUGUACCAGCAGACCCCACAGAUGCUGGAUCGAAUUGAGAUGUCAGGAAUUUGGAGGCCAGAGCAGCACCUUGAACUCUUCAUCAUGUUCCUAAAACCAUUCCUGGACAGUGUGUGCAGUGUGGCAGGCUGAAAGAGGCCACUGUAAUUGGGGAACACCAUUGCCAUGAAGGGGUGUACCUGGUCUGCAACCCAACAUCUUUAGGUAGGUGGCAUGUGUCACACUGAUGUCCACAUAAAUGCCCGGAUCCAGGCCCCAGAGCAUCACACUCAGGGUUUGAUGCAGUGGGUUAUGCCACUUUCCUCCAGUAACAAUCAUUAAAAAUUUCUCUGACUUGUGUAACAGUAGCCUUUCCGCUGGUCCAGACUAGGUGUGACAGACUUUGUUGCAUCAGUGAGCCUUGGGUGUCUCUCCUUUCCGCACCACUUUCAGCAGAAACUUACCAUUGCUGACCGGGAGGAUCCCCACGAGCCUUGCUGGUUUGGAGAUACUUUGACCUAGUUGUCUGGAUGUAGCUCAUCAUCAUCAUAUUUAACUUCUUAAUCCAGAUAGGUAGCAUUUGGGAGAUCAAAGCAUCCCAGACAACCCUCUCAACCUCCCGCACAAGCUUCGGCUCCUUCCCUCCCAGUGAGGUUACAUUCCACAUACCGAGAGCCGAUUUCUGCCGCAGGGGUCCAUGCUGCCAAGGACCUCCCUGGCAUCGCCCACCGCCUAUAUGGCACUGCACCAGUCCCCCCAUGCUGCACCUUGCGGGUGCCUUUUCGGGCUGAGCCUGGCUGGGGCUGUCCAGCCAUUAGGCACUUGCCGAGGAGCACUGUCCCCAGACCAGGCUCCAGGAGUAUGUCCCGGAAAGCCUCUCUCGGGCAAGGUGCAUAAUCUCUUAAUCAUGUAGGAAUUUGGAUCGAGUUAGUCUGGGUCUUCACUCCACACCUGUUUGCCUUGGGAGACCUUACCAGGAGCAAACGGCUCCAGACGACUUAGCUCUGACGAUUCCUAGACCACACAAGGCCUUCUGCCACGGCAAGGCCCCAGUCCAGGAAGGGUGGAUGUAACUAUUUGACCUCAGUAUGUCCCAAAACCUUGACAUGCACAAAGCAGGCAUAUGGAACCUGUACACCAAAUUAUGCCUAUUGGAAGAAGCCUUUAAACGUCUUUAUAUGUAUCUAUGCCAGUUGUCAUGAAGGGUUUAUGUAGGUGUAAUGUACCCUUAGGUACAACUCUCCUACAGUAAUAUGCUACCAUUUAUUUUUUAUGUGUGCUACGUCCAUUUUCGUGCGUGCUUGACGGAAACUCAAUUGGAGUCAUUUGUGAAUGUAAAUGUGUUGUUAAUAGUGUGUCCAUUACCUUGCGCAGUAUUAGAAUGUCUGUACAUAGAUGCGAAUCUUGUUUAGUAUUGUGCCCAUGUAGAAAGCCACUGGCUCUAACACCUUUGUGUCGGGCUUGAGGAAAAUACGUUCACACUGUGACCAAAAGCCUUACAGCUUUUGAAAAUGUAAUAAAAGGUGAAACGAGAGAAGCCAACAAAAUCACAAAGAUAAUUACCUGUCUGCAUGCAGCCUACAAUGUCAUUGUGGCAAAAAAAAAAAAAAAAAAAAA